AUGCUUCAGCUGCUACACGGGACGCUUAGGGUAACCAUAAUUGAAGUUGAUAGGCUGCAAACUGGAUGUAAUUUGGAUUUCUGCAUGAAGGACACAACACACAAGGGGAAGAGAUUUCUAGCCCAAGUCAAGGGCUGUCUGCUAUGCCGGCCUGAGAUUGUUGGAACGAGACUCUAUGCAACAGUUGAUUUAGAUAAGGCAAGGGUUGGACGGACAAGAAUAAUUGGAAAUCAGCCCUCCAACCCCAAAUGGAAGGAGACGUUUGAAAUUUAUUGUGCCCAUCAAAUCUCAAACAUUGUAUUCACUGUCAAAGAUGGUAAUCCAAUUGGGGCAACACUAAUUGGAAGAGCUUUUAUACCUGUUGAGCAAGUUAUCAAGGGCCCCAUAAGUAAUAGAUGGUUUGAGAUUUUAGAUGAAGAAGAUCAUCGUCCUAUACCAGGUGGCUCUAAGAUUCGUGUCAGCGUGAAUUUCACUAGUGUUACACAAGAUAAAAGAUGGUCUGAGGGAAUAUGGACGCCGUUUGUUGGAGUUCCUAGAACAUUUUUCAACCAGAGACAAGGUUGUAGUGUUACUUUAUACCAAGAUGUCCAUGUCCCUCGUAGCUAUCUCCCUUGGAUUCCAAUAUCUGGAGGGAGAUAUUAUGAGCCUGGAAGAUGUUGGGAGGACAUUUUCAAUGCCAUUAUGGAAGCAAAACAAUUUAUUUACAUAACUGGGUGGUCUGUGUAUACUGAAAUAACCUUGAUUAGGGACACAACUGUGUCGAAGUCAAUAACACUUGGUGAACUGCUCAAGAUGAAAGCUGAUGAAGGUGUUAAGGUUCUUAUGCUUGUUUGGGAUGACAGAACUUCUGUUCCUGAAUUUAAUAAAGAUGGCUUGAUGGCAACCCAUGAUCAGGAAACUGCGGAUUACUUUAAAAACACAAAUGUGCAUUGUGUUUUGUGUCCACGUAACCCUGAUGGUGGAAGAAGCAUAGUUCAAGGUUUUCAAGUCUCAACCUUGUUUACUCAUCACCAGAAGACUAUAGUUGUUGACAGCCAAGUUGAAGGAUCGAAGAAGAGAAAGGUCAUAAGUUUUGUAGGUGGGAUUGAUCUUUGUGAUGGGAGAUAUGAUACUCAAGAACAUCCACUGUUUUCAACUCUAAAUACAUUCCAUCAUGAUGAUUUUCAUCAGCCAAAUUUCACAGGCGCUUCCAUUAAGAAAGGUGGUCCAAGAGAACCAUGGCAUGACAUUCACUGCAAGCUAGAAGGACCUGUUGCAUGGGAUGUGUUGUACAAUUUUGAGCAAAGGUGGGAGAAGCAAGUUGGGAAGCAAUUACUAUUCUCAAUUGAUCAGCUUGAUCAAAUGCUGGUCCACCCAUCUGAGGCAAUGACAUCGGAAGAAGAUAAUAGGGAUGCAUGGACUGUUCAGUUGUUUAGAUCCAUUGAUGGUGGUGCAGUUUCUGGUUUCCCCCAAGCCCCUAAUGAAGUUGCUGAAUUAGGCCUUGUUAGUGGGAAAGAUAGCAUCAUUGAUAGAAGUAUUCAGGAUGCUUAUGUAAAUGCUAUUCGACGAGCAAAGAACUUCAUCUACAUUGAAAAUCAAUAUUUCCUAGGGAGUUCAUAUGGUUGGAAAGCGUCUGAUAUCAAAGUUGAGGAUAUUGGUGCUUUGCAUCUUAUACCAAAGGAGCUUUCAUUGAAGAUUGUUAGCAAGAUUGAAGCAGGACAGAGGUUUUGUGUCUACAUUGUCAUCCCAAUGUGGCCAGAAGGUAUACCUGAGAGUGCUUCUGUUCAGGCAAUAUUAGAUUGGCAAAGGAGGACCAUGGAGAUGAUGUAUUCUGACAUUGCUGAUGCCAUACGGAAGAAGGGAAUUGAAGCACACCCUCGGGAUUAUUUGACAUUUUUUUGCCUUGGCAAGAGGGAGAGUCGUAUAGUAGGAGAAUAUACUCCUCCAGAGGAACCAGAGCCUGACAGUGACUAUAGAAGAGCACAAAAUGCAAGGAGGUUCAUGAUCUAUGUUCAUUCUAAGAUGAUGAUAGUGGAUGAUGAAUACAUAAUCAUUGGUUCUGCCAACAUCAACCAGAGGUCAAUGGAUGGUGGAAGAGACACAGAGAUUGCAAUGGGUGCGUUUCAACCGCAUCAUCUAGCAUACCGUGCCCGACAAGGACCAAGAGGUCAGAUAUAUGGGUUCAGGCGAGCAUUAUGGUACGAACAUAUUGGGGAUCCUCAUGAUGAAGUGUUCGACGAACCACAAAGUAAGGAAUGUGUGAACUUUGUGAAUCAUCUUGCUGAGGGGAACUGGGAGUUAUACGCCAAGGACACAUAUGAUAAUGCUCCAUUUCACCACCUUUUGCGCUACCCUGUACACGUUGCCUACGAUGGAACUAUAACAACACUGCCAGGGCUUGAAUUUUUUCCUGACACUAAGGCAAAAAUUCUUGGCUCAAAAUCUGAUUACCUUCCUCCAAUCCUCACCACCUAG